AUGGAUGAUGAUAAACACGUUCAACUUGAUGUGGGAAUAAUAGGUUGUGGUCCAAGUGGAUUAGUAACAUUAAAAGAAUUAUUAGCUGAAGGUCAUCGAUGCACAGUUUUUGAAAAAUCGAAUUCAAUUGGUGGAUUAUUUGCACGAGCAUAUGAAGAAGGAAUACUUGUGUCAAGUCAUUUAUUAACAAUGUUUAGUGAUUUUGUUGGAAAAGAUGAAACUAUUCUUCGUAAACCUCGAAUGUUGUCUUUUAUGGAAUAUGUUCAAUAUUUGAAUGAUUAUGCUGAUUAUUUUCAUUUAAAAGAUUUUAUUCGAUUCGAAACUGAAGUGAAAUCUGUAUGGAAAGAUUAUUCAAGUAAUAAAUGGAAAAUUUCUGUUAAUGAGGAAAUUUCUUCAUUUGAUCGCAUCGCAAUUUGUUGUGGAAUUUAUGAAAAUACGAAUAUUCCAUCAUUUCAUAAUCAACAUCUAUUUCAAGGUCAAAUUCAACAUUUGAAAACUAUAAAAUCCUAUGAAAAUUUCCAUAAGAAAAAGAUUUGCAUCGUUGGAAGCGGAGAAUCAGCCAGUGAUAUGAUCUUAGCUGCUGCAAAAUACGGCGAAAAAGCAUUUCUUUCAAUUCGAAAAGAUCAUGGAUUUCUCAUUCCUCGGUAUAUCUACGGUAAUCAAGAUGAACCAUCUGAUUUAGAUACAACACGAGUUCAUCAUUCGAUUCCACGAGCAUGGGGAGUUUUACACACGUAUAUCGAUAUGAUGAAUAGUUUAAUCAAAUCUUAUUUCAAAUCAAUUUGUUUCAAUCAAUCGCAUGAACAUGGUUUCAUACGAAGAAAAGGAAUAUUUAUGAAUUUAAAACAAAUUUCAACGAGUCAUAUGUGGUCAACAUUUGGAACGAAAAAUUCUGGUUUAGUUGAAGCUUUGGUUAAAUAUAAAGAUAAAUGCUUCCGAAAACCAGCCGUUAAAGAAUUGAAACAAAACUCGAUUAUUUUCGAUGAUGAUUCCGAAGAAUAUGUUGACGAAAUUAUUUGUUGUACAGGUUUUCAAAUAUCAUUUCCAUUUCUUGAACAAAACCCUCAAAAACAUCCCGAAAUGCAACGUCUUGGCAAUGAAGCGAAAAUUUGUCAUAAUUUAUAUAAACAUUGCUUUCAUCCUGAUUUCGGUGAUGAAAUUGUCUGGAUUGGUUUUGCUCGUCCUGCAUUAGGUUCAAUUCCACCAUUAGCAGAACUUCAAGCACGUUGGUUCGCUUUAUUAUGUUCAAACAAAUUAAAAUUACCGACAAAAUUAGAAAUGAAGAAACAAAUCUUCAAUUAUGUUAAAUAUUUGAAAUGGCAGUUAACAUCUUAUCGAGUUGAACGCUUAACGAAUUUAACGGAUUUUUUAAUUUAUUCAGAUGAUUUAGCGAGAACGAUUGGAUGUCGACCAAAUCUUCUGAAAAUCUUUUUUCGUGAACCAAAUCUAUGGCUGAAAUUGAUGUGUGGACCAUUAUUAAAUGCACAUUAUCGUCUAAAUGGUCCACAUGCUAAACCAGAACAAGCAAAAGAGAUUAUUUUNCAGUUAACAUCUUAUCGAGUUGAACGUUUAACGAAUUUAACGGAUUUUUUAAUUUAUUCAGAUGAUUUAGCGAGAACGAUUGGAUGUCGACCAAAUCUUCUGAAAAUCUUUUUUCGUGAACCAAAUCUAUGGCUGAAAUUGAUGUGUGGACCAUUAUUAAAUGCACAUUAUCGUCUAAAUGGUCCACAUGCUAAACCAGAACAAGCAAAAGAGAUUAUUUUGAAAAUUAAAUGGGUUAAACAAUCAAAUAUUUUGUAUCUUAUUAUGUUAAUAUGUUAUGCAUUUUUUUGGUUGAUAUUUGGAAUUGAAUCAUGUAAACCUGCUUCGUGGUAUCCAUUAGAAAAAUAUUCAUUUUCUUCUUAA